GAGCAGACAACUUGAAGUUGAAGUUGCAAUUGGCAAAGGCAAAGGCGCUACCAGCAUUGCUAAGCCAUUUGGGUGGAAGCCUGACCCAGAAGCCGUUGGCCAUUGUCGUGACCUCUUUGCUGGCUUUGUUUGUCAUCACACUUGGGUUUCAGGAGCGCCGCUCGGGCAAUUGCGUAGAUUGCCCCAGCAAAGCUGCGAUGGCUUCCAGCACCGGCGACCCCUCUUCAGAGACGGAGCAAUUGUUGGCAGAGCUUAACGCUUUGCUUGUAGAGUCAAAGGAGGAAGUGGCGCGGAUUGCAGCUUCAGCAGAGAAGGGGAACAAGCUUUCGCGGCAGAAUGCAAAAGUGCAGGAUAACAUGGCAGCAAUGAGGAGCAAAACACGGGACCUGGAAAUCCUGGCUGAAGAAGUAGAUAGUGAAUCAGAGGCGGAGCAGCUUACCCAAAAGGCCGUUGAAUACAAGAAGGAGCAUGAUAGAUUGCGAGUGUCUCUAAGGGAAGCAAACCUGGCGGCAAAGGCGAACCUGGAGAAGGCCGCAAGGGAGGAGAGGGAGCUGCUGUUUGCUGGGGGCGAGAAGGCGGCACAAAGACGAAAAGAAUUGCAGACGCAAGCGGACCUAGCCUUUUCGUCUGAGAGCGUGACCGAGAGCUUACGGCGCACGCGGCAGCUUAUGGCCCAGGAAGUCGAACACCAAACCAGCACGCUCGCCACCAUGGUGGAGUCCGGCAGCACGCUCAAGAAAGCGGAGGAAGAGUUCACGGGGCAGCGGUCCCUUUUCUCCUCCACCCGGAGACUGCUUUCUCAACUGGAGUCCCAGGGCACGCUCGACCGGAUAAUCAUCUGGCUGGGCUGCACCUUGUUCCUCUUGGCUUGCUUUUGGGUGGUUAGCAGACGGCUAGGCAUGGCCCGCUUCGCGCAGAUGGUGUUUAGAGGGACCGUGAACGCGACACGUCAGCUCUCCGCCCCGCAAAGCUUGGAGGCUCCGGUGGAGCCGAGUGUCCACGUGGAACUUUGACAGCUUAAGGUUUCGUCCAGAGUAAAAUCAGUGCCGCAACAUGUACAAAUCGAAAUGCUGACUCCUACGCAAAGUCAUCGCAGUUUGGCGCU